UACUAAAUGCUUUGUUAUGCGCAGAGGAAGUAAGAAGAAGAAGAAGAAGAAGAAGAAGAAGAAUCAUCAUCACCAUCUUCAAAAUUAGGGCAAACGGAAGUGAAUUGGGGGGAAGCAUGGACAUCGAAGAGCUGAGGCGCAAGGCCAUGGCUUCUAUGCCCCACAAAAAGAAGAAGCAGCAACAGCAUCAAGCCUCCUCAGAUCCUCAACCAGGAAAGUCACCUGCAAGUAAUUUGUUUGACACAAAUGUUGUACAAACACCAGUGAUUUCUUGUGCACCAUCUCCUGCAUCAGUUAGUGGAAGCCAUAAGGAAAGAGAUGCCCUCUUAUCCAGUUUGCAAGAUCUGCACCAAUCUGCGAGAUCUUCUUCAGCAGAAGAGAGAGAUGAUAACCUUGUAAUUAGAUUUUCUGAUGGAGAGAGUGACAGUGAUGCUGAAGAAAAUCACUUGAAAAUGAAUGAGAGGCAUGGCGAUAUGUCUUUUCGGGGGUUUAUGGUUGGGUCUUCUGCAAACCAUUCUCCUGCAGCUUCUUCCCAGAUGGUGACAUCAGCAUCACAACAUACACCUGGAAUGUUGAAUCAAAUGGCUAUGAUGAAGAAGCAGCUAGCUGCAAUGCGUACAAGCAUGUCAAGUGCUAUUCAAGUCCGUGGAGCGGCUUCUGGGGCAUCUGCAGAUGGUUCAAUAUGGAAGUCAUCCUCCAAGCAAAAGAUUGUUAUUGGUCAAAAGAAUUCAAUAGGACAGAAACGUGGGGUCAAACCUGGUGCAUCCGUAACAAAGCCUAGUGGCAGUAACUUAGAUAACUUGAGAAAACAAAUUACAACAAAAGGUGGUACUGAUCUAGAGAAAUUAAGAAAGCAGAUUACAAACAAAGGUAUUGUUGAUUUAGAGAACUUGAGGAAGCAAAUUGCAACUAAAGAAAAUGAACUCAAGGUCCAGAGGCAUAUGAAAUUGGGAAAGGGACAAGGCAUGGUCUCGGCUCCAAAUGGCAAAGUACAUCCACCAGGAAUUGGAGAAUCAACUUCUGGAAUUCCUAGCAUACAAAUGUGUAUCAGUUCAGCCUCACUGAAUCUGGUAGGCACAUCUGAUAAGGAAAUGGAGGAAGAAAACGAGAAAGUUUUGCAUGUCACAGUGCAAGAACUCCCUGAUUUGAAGGUUAUUAAAAGUAGUCUACAACAGCAGAGGAGAAACACUUUAAACACUGACACCAACUAUAAUUUUGCAAAGGAUGCCUCUAUUGACAACAAUCCUGUAACAAAUCUUCAUAUAGCAGGUUAUAAAAGACCACAUGCAGAAGAUAACCCUGUAGAGCGAAAAUGUCAAAAAGCAGCAGACGUUAUUGAUGGAAAUAAAGUAGCAACUAUCCAGUCAAAUUCCGAUUCUGUUCAAAAGAAUUGUACAACACCAUCAAAGCGGGUAAUGCCUGAGAAUUUCCAUCAUGCAAACAUCAAUUGCUUUCCAGAAAGAGAAGGAAUAAAAAAGCGCAAGACAGAUGGACCAUCUUUGGAAUCAAGAAGCGAUAUUCAUUUAGCUAAUCAUCAGUCUUCUACUCAUUAUACUCCAGAUCAUCAAAGACACAGUUCAGUUGAAGGCUUCCCAAACAAAGAAGGUGAAAAAGUGCAGUUAGAGAUUAAAAAGACUAAGGGGCAGUUCAUGAGGGAAUCUGCUCAAACGGCAGAUAUUGAAAAUAGUUCUCAGAAAAUGAAUUCAGGUUUGGAACAGUCCAUUGUGAAUUGCUGGACAAACGCUAAAGAAGAAAAGGAUGGAAGCAGCGUUCGACCGUUUAUCAAAGAAGGUUGUUCAUAUCUAACAUAUGGUAGGCAACAUGUGGAACCUGCUCGUGGAAAUAAAUCUAUUUCUGAUACCUUUGGUGAUAUUACACAAGGAGAACAAAAGACAGGGGGUUCAGUGUUUUUCACAUCUAGGGAACUUGUGCACUGGCAGGGAAGUAGAGAUUCUCAAAGCAACACAAGACUGAUUGGCAUUCGUAUUCAAGAUGAUUUAUUACAGAGUGGAAAUACAUCUGCGCAAUAUUUGAUCAAAGAAGAAGAAGCGGUUGACAAAGAAUUGGAAGAAGCACGACAGCAUAGAAGUAGGUGUGAAAUGGAAGAAAAAAUUGCUUGGAAAGCUUAUCGGAAUGCCCAAAUUGCUGUUCAAGCUAUUAAUGAAAGGUGUAUGAAUCUUCAUGAGAAGAGACGAAUGUUGUCUGCUCAAAUACAAGCUGUUGCAUUGAGAACUUACUCUUCUCUAGGAUCUCCAGAGCGAGCUGUGGGGAGAAAAGAAGAAUUUCAUGAGCCUCAAAGCUGUUCAGGUCAUAAAAAUUUAAGCAAUGCUGUGGAGGUCACCCCUUUUCUCCAAGAUCACUUGGAGGCUUCAGAACAGCCAGCCUACAAGUUAAAUGAAUACAGUUCCAUUGUGGACAAUGCUAUUAACCCUUCAUUGCAACCAUUGAUUGGUAAUAAUUGGUCUUCAAGUAAUUAUGGCAUUCAGUCUGUUAAGCAGAACUCCAGUGGUAGACUCACUGUAGCUAAUGUGAUUGGCAAUGCAGCAAAUGGAUUAUGCAUGGAUAACAAAAAAGUAGACAUGGGCAAGAUUUAUGACUCUGUAGAUUCAGGAGUAGCAGCUAACCGGAACCAAGACAUUGACUCAUGUGAACCUGAAUUGUUGAUUGAUACAAGUGGACAAAAAAAUGAAAUGGAAGAAAAGCAUCCUGUCAGUAGGGAAUUAACAUUUGAAAUGUCUGAAGCCUUUCAAAGUCAUCAAUCACAAAUUUCAGAGAAUAUGGAACUAUGCAAAAUCAGUGAGUAUGGUUUGAUAAGAGAGAAAAAUUUAAAAGACAGUGUAAUAGACACCAAAGUAGAAAAUGGUGAAAAUUGUGAACUAAAGCCAAAAUCAUCUAUCACUCCUGUUGCUCUGUCAGAUGAGAAACCGCCAGCUGUGGAGAAGAGUGGAGGACCCAAUUUUGAACAAGUCACCACAGAACACAUUUGUUUACCUCAAAAGAGGAAACGAUCUAACCAAAUUCCAGUUUCUGAAUGCAGUGCUGAUGAUCUUGCAAAAAUUUCAAACACAUCAGUUUCAAAGCUGAAUUUGGGUAUGGACUUAUUUUCCUUAAAGGAGAAAACCAAAGAAGAGGGUACUGCAAGUCCAGGUGCAGAAACAAGUGCAGAGUCACUUCAUGCUCAGAAUUAUGAUCAAGAGUGCAAUAUUCAGCUCCCAGUUUGCUUUGCAGGAAAAAUUGAAGAGUUUGCCCAUGCUUGUUCUCUAUCACAAGAGGUGCCUGAAGAGACUGUGAAGACAACUGCUCUUGGGCACUUGACUGGUGAUGAUGUGCAUGAAAAUAGUACUGGUACAUGCCAUAGUGAGAACUCUCAUGCUAGUGCUAUUGAGAAUGGGAAGGCUAACAAUAAGAGCUUUACUGCAAACUUUUCCAGUUCAAUAUGUAAGAAGGUUAAUUUUGAAGAAAGCAACGAGGAAAAGUGUCACUCUGGCAGUGGCAUUGAUGAAGGUUGUGCCAUAGAAAAAGAAACUAUGGCAGCAUGGAAAAACCCUCUCCAGGAACUGGCAACUUCAGGCAAUUCAGUUCCAGGUGGAUCUGUAGCAUUUGAUGUGGCUUAUAUGGAAAACCAAGACUCCUCCAUGCAACAUAUUGGCUCUGCUUAUUCUGGUCAAAAGACCCUUGAAGAAAAUUUUGCCAAGAGAAGAAAAUAUUGUGAAGAGGCUAGCAAUCAACUACUUGAGAGCAAUUUGUUGAUGUCUUCUGAAUUGAAGGUUGUAUUUAGCUAUGCAAAAGCGAUUUUUGCAAAUAAUAAUGCAAUCAUUGGUGGUUGUUGUGGAAAGAUGACACAAGUCAUAUUGCAGGAUAUACCGGAAUAUUUCCCAAGGUUUCUACUUUAUGAGAGUCCUUUGGAUAUGUUUAAGUCAUAUAGUGUCUACUCCAACCUUAUUGCUGCUGAUGGAACCCCUGACAAAUCGAUUACUUGCAGUCAUGUUAUUAAUCCCUUCUGGCCGCUUUGCAAGUUUGAGCACCGUGGGAAAUGCAAUAAUGAGGAAUGUCCAUGGCAGCAUGCUAGAGACUACAAUCUAAAUCCUCCACAAUUUGCUGAGCAUUUGAAGUACUGUAAUACUGAAAUGGAUAGUUCAGCUAGAAAUUGUGUAAGUCGUGGAAAUCAAGAUUCAGAUGUAUGCUUUGAGAUACAAACAAAAGAGGCGAUCACUAGGGGCUUCAAAUUUCACUUUGCACUAACUGCUGGAAAUUCUGUACUUCAACAAGGCUUUUCAUGUCGUAUCAUCAGCAAUUACGGACUGACAGUACCAGUAUAUCGAAUUGGAUCACAUCUUAUAAAAGCAGAUGUCCCAAUGGUGGGUGCCUUGAUAGCACAGAGCACUUGGCGUUUUUGGAAAUUGGGUUUUUGCCAAUCCUUCGCUAUUCCAUUUGCCAAUCAAAGACUUCUACUUCCAGACAUGGCAUGUUUGCACAGUGUAGCAGUUAGAGAGUGGAUGCUUGGCAAUAACAGUCGACUGCCCACUUGUUUGUAUAGUUCGAGUGUGAAUCCAGAUGAUACAAAGGCUUGGAAGCAUCUUUUCCGAGGACUUGAGAAUGUAGAAUGCUGGUUGGAGUUGGCAAUUGAUUCAAUGAACUUCGACAGCAAUAUUGAUAAAUUGGAUGGCAGGAAAAAAGCAUUGUGUGUGCUAUCACGAGCAAUUGAGGCCAAUCCAAAUUCUGUAGCUCUAUGGGUGGUGUACCUUCAUAUUUUCUACAGGAAGGAAAAAGUGAUUGGCAAGGAUGAUAUGUUCUAUCAUGCGGUGCAGCACAACGAAGGAUCAUAUGAACUUUGGCUUCUUUUUAUAAACAGUCGUCUUCAAAUGGACCAGAGAUUGGAAGCUUACCAAAAUGCAAUAUCUGCAUUAUGUUUGAAAGCUUGUGCCAGUGAAAUGCAAGAUAAAUCUAGUAGUUCAUAUGUGCUGGAUUUAGUCUUGCAGAUGCUUAAUUUUCUCUCACUUUCUGGGUAUAAGGAGAAAGCUAUGACAUGGAUCGAUGAACUAUCCUGUUCAACUGAAGGCUUUAACAAGAAUGAACAGUCUGAUUUUAGCAGUGUCUUUACUGUGCUGUCAUGUUUGACGAAGAAGGAUGCUUGUGUUCUUUGGGUCAGCUGUACAUAUUACAGAGUGUAUGGAGAACUUCCUAAAGCUAUCCUGGGGCGGCUUGAAUUUGAGCAAAAUUUACCAUUUGAUGUUGAGUGGCAGAGUCGUAAGAUUUCAGAAACAGUGAUUGCUUGUAUCUUGAAAAUGAUGGAUAAUGCAGUUUCUAAUCUCAAUGGUUGUCAUGAUCACAGUUCUCAGUCAUGGAAGAAUGAUGGCAAUUCUCUUCUACCAGCACAUGCAUUGGUUAUCAACCACGUCAAAUGUGUGUUAGCAAUUGAAGGAUUAGGGAGUGCACGUAAACUGUGUUUACAGUAUAGAGAGCUAUAUCCAUUCUGUAUUGAACUUCUUCUCAUCUCUUCUUCCAUUGAAUCACAUAGUGGGAAUGACAGAGCAGGCAUUGCAUUCUUUGAUGAGUCACUAUCUAAUUGGCCAGAAAGCAAACCUGGUAUUCAGCGUUUCUGGAAUCAGUAUGUUGGUUAUGUGCUAGAGUCAAAAGGAGCCGACUCUGCCAAGAACAUAAUUGACAAAUGGUAUUUUUAUAUGGAUCAACAUAAAAUGUUAGACAGAAUUAUUUCCUUAAGAGACAUAGACUAUCUUACAUGCUCUCCUCUAGGGCAUGCAGUGGGCAAGCAGGAAGUUGAAGAAUAUAAGGACAGGAAGAAAAAAGAUCAUGAUUUUUUUUCAGAAACAGAGGUGGAUAGGAGGAGUUGGUGCCAGGAUGUGAUGUUUGCGCUACUCAAUCUUGCAAUAUAUAGAUUCCUCAAUAAUGAUCCCCAAAAAGCUCAAUCUGCUGUAGACCAAGCACUGAAAGUUGCUUUAGAUGAUGGAGAUGUUAAGCAAUGUAUCAAAGAAUGUGCUGCAUUAGCUUUAUUUGGUGUUCCCGAUGAAUCAGAGCCAAUGAAGAAUGGCUUUGAUACCAGAAUGCUUCAAUUAUUUGACAAGUGCUUCCUUCGAUACCAGUUAUUUCCUCUUCCUAAGCCAUUGUCGCGAGCUUUCACUGAAAGCAUCAAAAAGCCGAAAAUCCGAAUUUUUAUUGAGAAUCUUUUGGGUCCUAUACCUGUAGAUUGUUCACUUUUGAAUUCAAUUCUAGAAAUUUGGCAUGGCCCAUCUCUUCUACCUGAACAUUUUGGUGCAUUCAAGGACUUAGUCGAUUUUAUCGAAGCUCUUCUUGAACUUGCACCAGCAAAUUUUAAGUUGGUUCUCUCUAUAUGUAGGAUGGUAGUUCAGAGAUGCAAUUCACAGAGCAUUUCAUCUGUGGCUGCCCUUUUCUGGGCAAGUUCACUUUUAAUCAACUCUAUAUUUCAAUCAUUCCCCAUAGCCCCAGAAAAUGCCUGGUUAGAAGUAGUAAAUUUCCUAGAGCUUUUAGAUGUUGAUGUUAUCCUUGAAGAGUUUUACCAGCAGGCUUUGUCUGUUCACCCUUUCUCUGUUGCUUUAUGGCAUUCUUUCCUCAACUUCCGUCGGGGUUCUGAAAAUCUAGCAGGAGUGGUUGAAACUGCAAAGGAGCGGGGCAUCAACAUUGAUUGAAUGGAUUUAAUAAUUUUCAUUUGAGAAAAGAAAAGGUUUAUUUCAUGUGCCUUUAUCUUCAAAUGAGAAGACAUACCUGAAAGUCAAAGAUCGGCAGAAGUUCUACUUGUAUCUUUAAUUUGUACCUGGAAAUGUCUUGACAUGGAGGUGCAUGGAACCGGUAUAGUACAUUUAAUUUCUUUGGAAUUUAAACAAAGAAGGUAUGUUGGCAUGAAGGUUGUAUAUUCUGUUCUGUACAGCAAUAAGGAUGCUACCUAACCGUGGUCACUUACUACCUUUCUAGCUUGCCUACCAGUGUUGAUGUUGAAAAAAGUGUAACCUAACACAUUUUUCUUUUCAUUCUCUCAUUUUUAUAGAUAAGGAUGUGACGGUGCUUCUGAAUUAACUAAAGAAGUAUGUCACGUCAAGAAUAUUUAUCCUGUAUGAGUACUCAAUUGAAGCAGACUGCUCUAUCCAGUGAUACUGCAAAAUUCUUCAUUAGGUGAGUUAUAAUCUUCACUUGGCAUCUGUAAAGUUUGGAUAGUUUGGUGCAUAUUUACUGUCCUUGAAUUUUCCUUUCAUAUUGUCUAUAUGCUAUAUAGUACCCCGUGUUUGGAUAAUUGCAUUUUUAACCUGUUCGCUUCUUUUUGUGUUAUUGGUGUAUUACUAGCACCAUGUUGUGCAGGAAUUUGGAGGCUGUUGUGGAUUCAUUUCAAGUUUUGACUGGGACUCGCGGAUUUUGUUGAGCUGUUAGACAUUAAAUCUUGUUUGGCAAUCCAAGCAGGAGCUCAUUUGGAUUAACUAUGAAUAGGGAUCUUAUAAUUUGUAUUAUAUGUCUUAUAACUGUUUUGUUCAUGCUGAUGGAGAUGGUUGAGUAGUGGCAAGAUAGACUGGUAUACCACGGGGGCUGCUAGCAAGCUAGUUUCAGAGAAUUUUGUUGACCUUGUUAGGUGAUGGUCCUUGUGGACCCUUUUUUCUCUCGUUCUUUGAACGUCCGGUUCAGUGUCAAAAAACUUUUGACAGGAAAAAUGUUUCUUAAAACAAACCGGAGAGGUUGUGUAAAAGUCCAAAUUGAAAAGACAUUACGUCCAAUGGGAAAAGGUAUUUCAAUA